GCGCAGUUUUAAAAUAGGAAUGUUAUUCAACAACCCUCUGCGCAAACCAAGUGUAUGAUGUGUAAAACUCCAUUAAACUCUUCUUCUUGUCAUAGCAGAAAAUGGCAGCCACCAUUGGAAGAUUACUGAGGACCUCUGCAAGGGUUGCUACAGGAGUUAAAGUCGGCACCUGUCCACAUGGAACAUCAUUAGUAAAUGGUACCGCAGGAAGUCUUAGUUUUCCUGUUCUUAAAAAAGCCAGUUUUUCAACCAUCGCUUCCAGGUGGGCUCCAGCUGUCACUCAGCAUGCACCCCAUUUCAAAGCAACAGCUGUCCACAAUGGAGAGUUCAAGGAGAUGAGCCUAGAUGACUUCAAGGGCAAAUACCUGGUCCUUUUCUUUUACCCCCUCGAUUUCACAUUUGUCUGCCCGACAGAGAUCAUCUCAUUUAGUGACAAGGCCAAUGAGUUCCAUGACAUCAACUGUGAAGUUGUGGGUGUGUCUGUGGACUCCCACUUCACUCACCUUGCAUGGAUAAACACCCCACGUAAGACUGGAGGCUUGGGUCACAUCCACAUCCCUCUGCUGGCAGACCUCACCAAACAGGUUUCAAGAGACUAUGGAGUUCUUCUAGAGGGUCCAGGCAUUGCACUGAGGGGUCUGUUCAUCAUUGACCCUAACGGUGUGGUGAAGCACAUGAGUGUGAAUGACCUGCCGGUAGGCCGCUGUGUAGAGGAGACCCUCCGUCUGGUGAAGGCCUUCCAGUUCGUGGAGACCCAUGGUGAAGUGUGCCCAGCAAGUUGGACUCCAGACUCCCCCACGAUCAAGCCCACCCCUGAUGGUUCCAAGGAGUACUUUGAAAAAGUUAACUAGACACCCAUCCCACAACUGAAAUCAAAUGUGGACCGAAAUACAUUUAGAAUGAUACAUUGCAUUUUGUGACAUCUUCAUCCUAGCAGGAGCAACCGGCACCUUUUUUUAAUUUAAUUCAGGUUUUCAGUGCAAGACUUGCUACUUGUAUGCAAAUAUAUAUGACUUUUGAGUCAUUUGGCUAAGUUACACUCAUUCUUCUGGUUAUCAGUGGGUGAAUGCUGAGACUUCAGUAGUCUGUAAUAGUUAUAUACAUGUUAGGUUCUUUAUAGAUCCAAGCAAAUUGAGAUGCAUUGUUAGAUUUCAGAUUAUGGUCUAAAUUGUAUAUGCAGACCUCUUACAUGGAAUUAUAUUAUGAAAUAUUUAUAUA